AAGAUAUUAAAUGUACACACACAAUCAGCCUGUGCGCGAUUGAUUCCACGAACGCACACAAAUGAUUAUAGAUACGAAGAGGGGUUAGAAGGGGGAAAGCAUGGUGAGGGAUAGGAGGCGUGACUUGAGAUAGAGUUAUCAAAUCACGGCUGAUCACGGCGGACAUUUGUCAGAAAGGCCAAACGAAGGCACUAUCAGGCGGUGCGAGAGCUUGUCACUGUUUUGUUGCGCUUGCUUCCUGUGCGAGAUUUAUUAUUAUCGGCAAGCGCGAUGGAAACAUAUGAAAGCGUUCUUUUGGUGAAGCACGAAGUUUUCGUAUUCAAAAUUCCGCCAAGGUCAACCAACAGGGGUUAUCGGGCAGCUGAUUGGAAUUUGCAGGAACCUUCAUGGACUGGUCGAAUGCGUUUAGUAUCACAAGGAGAAAAUAUAACGAUAAAGCUAGAGGACAAGGCUACAGGUGAACUGUUCGCCAAGUGCCCUAUUGAGCAAUAUCCUGGAAUUGCUGUGGAGCCUGUCACAGAUUCCUCUCGAUAUUUUGUCCUGAGAAUUCAGGAUGACAAUGGACGAUCGGCCUUCAUAGGUAUUGGCUUCUUGGACAGAUCUGACAGUUUUGACUUAAAUGUCGCUCUUCAAGAUCAUUUUAAAUGGGUGAAGAAUCAGGAACAGAUCGAACAAGAGAAGGAUAAGCCAAAGCAAGAGCUGGAUCUCAGAUUUAAGGAAGGAGAAACUAUCAAAAUUAACAUGAAGAUUACCAAAAAAGAUGGCAGUGAGGUUUCAUCUAAGUCCAAACCACGCACCAAUCCAGCUGGUGGUUUGCCACCUCCACCAGGUGGUGUCAAGAUUGCUCCACCACCAGCAAAAACCCCUACUUCUUCGCCAGCACACAAGCCGCAAGGUCCAAAUCAGGAUGGUACAAAUUCAGAAUGGGGCGAGUUUGCCAGUGCUUCUCAGCAACCAACAUCGGCACCUGCACCCACACCUACAGUAGCAAAUGCCAGUUGGGUGCAGUUUUAAUGUUUAGAAGGAAACAUGUAUAUACCAGUAUAUAUAUAUACAUAUAUAUAUAUAUAAUUUACAUUAUAUAUAUAUUUAUAUACAUGAUGAUUCUAAAAUAGAUCAAAUCUGGAAGUGCUUUUGUGAACCUCUUGCUUAUAUUAAAUGAUUAUAAAAUGAAAAUCAGUAUCUCUCUAACAAUUGCCUUCUAUUUUAGAAUCAUUUUGUAUUUA